AUGACUGAAAUUCUCAACAUCGGAAGCGAGCCGGUCUUUGACGAUCGCAUUGUCAAGAUCGAGACUCACACGUACAACCCGUACGCCAACACAACGUUUGAUUAUAGCGACGAGAUACGAAUACCCAUACAACAGCAGGAUCUGUAUACGUUGCCGUGCGAAAGUUUUCUCUACAUCGAAGGAACAUUGACGGUGACCAGAGCAGCCGACCAAGUCGAUAAUGUGGUAUUGGGUACUAAUUGCGUCGCGUUUAUGUUCGAUGAGAUUCGAUACGAGCUCGACGGUAUGGAGAUUGAUCGUUGCAGAAACGUAGGAAUAACCAGCACGCUGAAGAACUACGUUACGGUAUCGUCCGACAGAAGCGUGAUCCUGCGAAACGCGGGCUGGGAACCACAUAAUAAUCCGAACGGAUAUUUCAAUUUCUGCGUACCGCUCAACUUGUUACUGGGAUUUUGUGAGGAUUACAAACGCGUGGUGAUCAACGCUCGUCACGAAUUGAUCUUAAUACGAUCGCGCAACGACAACAAUUCCCUGGUGGCAAGUCUCGCGUUGGAGCUUACUAUCAAAAUACUCAAGAUACAAUGGCGAAUGCCUCACGUGGUAUUGAAUGAGAUCAACAAGCUGUCGAUGCUGCGCGCCUUGGAAGACGGACGAUAUCUAA